AAUAUGAUUCACAUUAGAUUACAAUCUCAAACACUAUAAACAAUUCUCUUAAUAUUUUGCCAAGCAAAUAUAAAUUAUCAAAACACCCCACCAGAGUUUUGUUCAUGGCGGAUAAGGAACAGGUCAAGCCCUUAUCUUCACCCUACCGACUUCGCAGCGAUGAAGAAGAACCCAUACCCGUGCCAUUAUUCGAUCUCCAGCAUCGAAGAUAUAUUCUCUGCUUCGGCUGCUUCGCUGCGACUUUACUUAUUGUAGUCACCGUAAUAUUAGUCCUUUUCUUCACAGUUUUGCACAUCAAGGAUCCAGUGAUGAGGAUAAACGAGUUUACAAUCCAAGGAUUUGAGCUUUUUAAUAGUACCACUAUUCGUCCGGACGUGAACGUCACACUAUCAGCAGAAUUAUCAGUCAAAAACCCGAACGCAGUCUCCUUGAAGUUUGAUGAUACCACUACGUCUGUGUACUACGGUGGUGUGUUGGUUGGUCAGGCUAAAACUGUUCUUGGCAAGGCUAAGGCUAGGAGGACGGUCCGGGUGGACGUUGCGGUGGAUAUAGAUGAGCGGAAAAUGGUGGCAGUACCAAGCUUGAGGAGCGAUUUGGGGUCAAGUGUAUUGACUUUGAGUAGUAGCACAAGAAUUGUAGGCAAGGUGAAGAUACUGAAUAAGGAUAAGUUUGUAGCGGUGGCUAUGAAUUGCACUAUGACUUAUAAUGUUACGAACCAGGCAAUUCAGCAAGAGAGGAGGUGCAAGCGAGUUUAGGAGCCAUUUGUUUUUUGUGUGUUGUUACUGUUGAGGCGGAGUCGACGUAUGUGCCCUACGUAAAAUAUUGUGUAUUUUAUUUGAGGAAAUUAUCUCGAGUCUCGACUCCUCUACUUGAACCAUAACGUCUUAGAGGUGAGAAGAGAAAGUGAGUAUCCGAGUAACCAAUAUGGAUGCAUUUGCUAAUACAUAAUGAAACUUCGAUUAGUAAGGUAUGGUGAAUUCAAUUUGAAACCAUUUCAAAUGA